AUGCCGUCUCCAACCAUCACAAACGCGCCGGGCCUGGCUACGUUUUUGAAGUCGCUCAAGGCCCAGCCCGUCGAGUCAUCGAUUGAGCACUUCAUUUCCCUCCUCAAACGCCGUCAGAUCCGCAACUCGAGGCCGUGCGCCAUCGCAACCGCCCAACUCCUCCGCCGCGUCGUGCAAGAAUUCAAGGGAAAAGAUGCCGCCAAGUUGAUCCGCCGCAUCAAGGACGUCGGCCAGCGCCUGACGGCUGCUCAACCACGCGAAAUGUCCGUCGGCAACAUCGUGCGCCGUGUGCUUGGCCUCGUCAGGGAAGUCUUGGAGGAAGGCGAGAGCGGCGCCGCAAUGAGUGACGCGGGCGCGAGCACUCCCGGCCAGCAAACACCCCACGACUCGCUGCACCGCCCUGGCCUGAACUCGACUAUUUCCACCUUCAGCCCGCUCAGGCACGGCCUCGCCCAGCCCGGCGAUUUCACUGCGCACCUGGAGACGGCAAGCGACUCGACCGACCUGUCCCACCGACCUCCGCUCCUCUCCUCCCACACCAGCUACGGCGGCUCUCUGUUUGGCCUGUUCUCCCAACCCGAGGCUACCAAUGCCAGCUCUCCCACUGGCACACCAGCCGGCGCAAGAACCCCCAGCGGCAAGGCUCCUCUUACCGCGGGAAAUCUUGCUGGCCUGGGAGACGCGUCUCCCAAGAAGGAGGACCUGAAGGCCGAGACGCUGGAGGGUAUCAACGAGCUUCUUGACGAGCUUGAGCAGGUCGACGAGCAAAUCGCCGAAUACGCGCUGCAGCACAUUCAUUCGGACGAGAUUAUCCUGACGCACACGUCGUCCAUGACCAUUCAGAAGUUCCUUCUGACGGCAGCAAAGAAGCGCAAGUUUACCGUUAUCCACGUUGAGGCCUAUCCCAAUGACAGUGACAACACUCACGCCACCAUCCUCACCGGACGCAAGCGCGAUGAGGAGGAUGAGGACAGCGACGAACGUUUCAAGCCACUGACCGCCGCCGGCAUCACUGUCAUCCUGAUUCCCGAGUCUGCUGUUUUUGCCAUCAUGUCCCGCGUCAACAAGGUCAUCCUAGCAACCCACGCUGUUCUCGCCAACGGCGGCCUCGUCGCUGCCGUGGGCGCUCGCACCAUCGCAAAGGCCGCAAAGAUGCAUCAGACGCCCGUCGUCGUGGUCAGCGGUGUCUACAAGCUCUCUCCUGUUUAUCCGUUUGACGUUGAUGAGCUCAUCGAGUACGGAGAUGCCGGCGCUGUGGUUCCGUAUGCCGAUGGGGAUUUCGUGGAGAAGGUCGACGUCGUAAAUCCGCUGUUCGACUACGUUCCUGCUGAUCUCGUCGACCUAUACAUCACCAACCUGGGCGGCCAUGCCCCCAGCUAUCUCUACAGAAUUGUGGCGGACCACUACCGUGUCGAGGACGUCAACCUGUGA